GUAGCAGAACUCCUCUCGUACUAUUUAGCCUUCCCCCCGGCCUCAUAUGCAUCCUACAAAUGUCACAUUCGAGACCCAACGCGUGUCUAUGAUCAAACCUUCAUAACCGUUGGAUUGCUCGGUACCUUCGAGAAGAAUCCAGUGUCCUCUCUACGAACCCAGUUUUUUUACCUUUCCUUUCCUUCUUCCCCACAUUCCGUUCCUCUCACUUUUUUUCUCUCAAUUCUCUGGUAAGGGCAAGCAAGUUCUUAGCGUUUUACUUGGUUGAUUUUUUUCGCCAUCUUUCUCUGGUAAAGGUGGGAACGAAAAAAUGAGUAGGAGUAGCCGUUCAAGCCGAACUCUUUACGUUGGUAAUCUUCCUGGCGAUAUCCGCUUGAGGGAGGUUGAAGACCUGUUCUACAAGUAUGGCCCUAUUGUUGACAUCGACUUGAAAGUGCCCCCGAGGCCUCCUGGUUAUGCUUUCGUUGAGUUUGAGGAUCCUCGUGAUGCUGAAGAUGCGAUUCGUGGUCGAGAUGGGUAUGACUUUGAUGGCCACCGCCUAAGAGUAAGUCGGUUUCGAGAUGGAUUUGUUGGGUCGGUUGAGCUUGCUCAUGGAGGCCGCAGGCAUUCAUCACCUGUGGAUCGCUAUGACAGCUACAGUAGCAGCAGCAGUCGUGGACCAUCAAGGCGAUCUGACUAUCGCGUUCUGGUCACCGGAUUGCCUUCCUCUGCUUCAUGGCAAGACUUGAAGGAUCAUAUGCGCCGAGCUGGUGAUGUCUGCUUUUCUCAGGUCUUUCGUGAUCGCGGAGGCAUGCGGGGGAUUGUGGAGUACACAAGCUAUGAUGAUAUGAAAUAUGCUAUUAGGAAACUUGAUGAUUCUGAAUUUCGAAAUGCAUACUCUCGUGCUUAUAUACGGGUACGGGAAGAUUAUUCAGGGAGAAGCUACUCAAGGAGCCCGUAUGACUCCAGACGCAGCUAUUCUAGGAGCCCGUAUGACUCAAGAAGUCCUUAUCGUUCAAGGAGAAGUUAUUCCAGAAGUCCCGAGUAUUCAGCACAAAGCUAUUCCAGGAGUCCCAGCCGCAGUCCUUAUGCUUCGAGGAGCAGGAGCCGCAGCAGCUACAGUCCUAUAAGCAGGAGCGUGUCUCCUGUGGCCAGAUAUCGAUCUGAGUCCCCUCGUAGGUCUGUCUCAAGCAACACGACGGAGAUUGGAUUUUAAUUACGUGAAGGGAUGUGGGUGCUCUUAUGCCUACAGUUCCUUGGUUUGAUUUGUGUCGAGGUAAUCCGGGUGAUAUUGAAGUGAAAAGCUAACCAACCCCAUCAUUGCUCUUCAUAUGGACUAUGGUCUCUCAUUCUCACUCUGAUGAACUUGUUGAUUCUGAUUCACUUGGUGGUAUUAUAAGCCCAGAUUACCGCGCGAGUGGCCUAGUUGCUGUCGUGGGACGCCAAGAAUCCCUCUAGUCUCAUUAGCAUCGUAAAGUUGUCCCGAUGACAUGCCCUCAUUCACUUAGCUGCUUGUCGCGCGAUGCAUGCGAUUGCGAGUGUUUUGGGACCUAUGGAUCGAAGAUGUUGACGGAGUUUGAUUACUUGAAUCACGAAAGACUGGGAGUUGUGUUCAUUGCUGAUCUGUUGAUUUUUGCUUCUUGCAGGUCUCGGUCGCGGUCAAGGUCACCAUACUGAUGUUAAGCGUCGAAUGGGAGGCGAGCUCAGGUUGCAUUGAGGUGUCAUCAUUCAGCAUUUGCCAUUGAUGGCUGGUUGCUUAGGGAGACUUAGAUAGCUGGUGGUCCCCAAAUUCGCCAGUGGAAGAUGGUAGUAGUAUGAUAGAUGUUUGAGGCAGUGGACAAUGGAUAUGUUGGAAGUAGUCUAAGAUAAGACUUGAUUUGGAGGAUGCUUUAUUGAGCUUCUGUAUUUGCUUGUUAGUAUUACCCUGGAUCCUAUAUGCUAGCGGAUGGUAUGGAUGUGUGGUUGUUGACAUGGAUUGAUUGCCGUGGUGGUAGAUUGAUCAAUAUACUGUGAUAUUGGACCUAGCUACAGCCUGUUUGCGGUAUCGAAAACAAGUAUUUUGUCAGGUUUGGUUGUGAA